CUCGGAAACCUCUCACUCUCAUGUUGGCAAAGCCACCUCGAUCAUUCAAUCCACGACGUCUGAAGUUAUGGCAGUCCCGGAAACUUCUACUGCCCAGCUCGAUGAUGCUACCGCAGAGCCAAAGACCGGCUUCAUGGGCCUUUCCGGCGAGUUGCGAAACUUUAUCUACCGCCUAGCUCUAGUAUCUAAGGAUCCACUUCUCGUCUACCUCGACAUUGACCCUGAACCAGAGAGGGAGGAGACCCCCGAACAUCUGCCAACCCAGCACGCCACAGAGAGACCUAGUAUGUUCACGAACGGACGUAUUAACAUCGCAAGACCGAAACCUAAACCCCUAGACAACCCGCCUACGGUCGCUCUUCUGCAAGUUUCGCGCCAGGUCCGCCGCGAAGCGAGAUCAAUCUACUAUGCCGAGAAUCUGUUCACAAUCCACAACGACUUCACCAAAUUCUACAUAAAUAGCAAGCUCGAAGAAACUCGCCAGAUUGAGCGAUUCCGCGCGUGGCAGAUCGACCUCGGCGACAGCCUGCAGUGGAUCAAGCGGCUCCACGUUUGCACCUACAAAUUCAUCGGCGCAGAGCUCGUCCCGUACGUCAUGUUCGCAACCGAGCAUCCAGACGUAUCCAUCGAAGUCAGCAGCAUGCACGGCGCGUGCGCCCGCUGUGAAGAGGACCGAACGGAACCCCCGGAACUCGUGCCGCUUGCGGAGAAACUCGCGAUCUUGAAGAGCCCGGGUUGGAUUGAAGAGCUCCAAGCGGGGAACAUUGAGGAGAUGUGCAUAUGGCGGCACCGUGAUAACCCCACUAGAGUACCACCACAUGGUGCUCACUAUACCAUAGUCGGUCCAAGGUGGUACUACCGAGUCGUCAAGGUUAGCUAUGGGAUCGAGGCGAGUAGGCGUAUCAAAGGUGCUCGGAAGUGGCAAGAGUUGUGCGAGAAGCUCAGUCAGCAUUAUGAGUUCACUUUGGAGCCUCUGAAGUUACGGAAAGGGCCUAGCUAUUUGAUGAAAGUUGCGCCAAGGCAUCGAUCCGAAAGAUGAGACGGAUACCCACUAGGCGAAUCCUUCGUCCACAUGCGCAUAGGUGUGGCAAGGCCAAGAGCUGGUUCUGGCGAACUGUGGACGUCUGCUAGGUCCGAAGGGCUGGAAAAACUCACGAGAGAGCUGAAAGGGUCCAUAACUGGUAUCGGUGUUGCAUGGAGGGCUUUCUGGCAAUGGCGACUUAUUUCAAUAUUCCUUUGCAUACUACUGCUCUUUUUCCCGGUUGGAUUUAAGUUAGUAUUUCCUUCCCCUCCGAAGACCUCAUAAUGAACCUAGACUUUCCAAGACUAGAUAAAGAGAAAAUGCCAAUAAAUGGACAAGCAACCUCACCUACACAACAAUGAGCUAUAAAACUCCUAUGCAUGCUUUCACCGAAAAAAAGUGACACUCAGUAUCUGUUGGUUUGCGGGC